AUGGCGCGCCCAUACCGUUCCCGUCUACCGAGCAACGAUGCACCUGCAGACCCAGACCCAGACCCAGAUCCAGAUCCAUCGAGCGACAGCGACAGCGACAACAUUGUGGCAGCUCAGCCUUGUAAGGCGCCGCCUCGCGGCCGACGUCGCAAGAAGACUGCAGCAAGUAAAGCGGCGCCGCAAACCAAGAGUGCGAGCCAAACCAACCAUGACAGGCAUAUUCGCGACCAAGAAGCUACUGGUGAGGAAAAGCAAGGCAAGACAUUUGCUUCCACGAUCGCGCGCUGUCUGAGCGCGCGAGAAAUCGAUGAAGCCGAGACCUUGGAAACAUACAGCCGCGCCUGGCAGGCAAUGCUUCCAGCAGACAGCAUGAUUUCCAGGCUAGACAAAUUCAUUCCAAACGACAUCGCGACUCGGCUCGACCAAAUCGUCGCAUCUCGAGCCAGGAAGUGCAACACUUCAGAUUCAAGUUGGCGCAAGAUCCAAACUUGUCUGAACAAGCCACCCUGGAACCUGCUCAAGAUACAUCUCUAUGCGAUCUUUGGGGAGGACUGCUUAGCCCGCACAUUCCUCCCUGUGAUGCGAGAGCUUUCGAUGCUGACUCGAGCCGAGGAUGGCCGAAGCCUCAGCCUCGAUGAGGCCUUCCCUGUACUCUCACAGAAGCGAGAUCAGCGCCGGAAUGGGAUGGCAAGAGUGAAGGGCGUAGAGCCGGAGCCACAGUGGCAGGCGUGGGAACUUAAACAGACAAUCAGGCAUUUCGUGCAGGAGGGCUGGGUCGAACGCAUCAAGGCACCGAUGCAGGGCGGAAAGAAGAAGAAGAAACAGCAAGAUCAACAUGAGCCGAGUGGCCAGGAGAAGGGUAAGAGCCUACGCGAGCACGAGCUAGCCCCGCUGAACAAGAAUGGAGCUGGACCAGAUGGCGAGGGAGAACAGGCCGAUACAGAGACAGAAAAUGGCAGCGCGCAGUCUGGCGAUGGUACAGCAGAGGACGCGAACCUCUGCUUACCAACACGCUCGACGACUGCGAAUGGCAAGGAGUCCGAAGCAGAUAACGAAAAGAUCGGUGGUGCUACUGAUGGCGCCGACGACGCCGAGGAGGUCUCGCACGCAUCGCAGGCAGACAAUGAAAACGUUGGUGCUGCUACUGAUGGCGCCGACGAUGACGAUGAGCGAGAAAUUGAAGAACUGCGACGGGCAUCAAGGCGCUUAUCCUUGGACGAACUUUCCGACGACAAUUCGUGCGACAUGUCCAUUACCGAUGUGUUCUUCGAAAGUUCGGGCAAUCUCGGCGUUUCGCGCGCCUCCUCCGUCUGCUCCAGCCACGACAGCACCGGCAGCAACAACGACCACUUCGAUGAUGCACCGCUUUUCAUGACUCCCAGCCCCGCUCAGCGCAACUCCCCACCUCCACCCGCACCGGCACCGCGUGACACGAGAGCUGUCGUACACGACAACACCACUUCGCCUGCCACCGCCGCCGCCGCCGCCGCCACUCCAACCCUUGUUUCUAAAUCGCGCCUACCCCUCAACACCACCUCCACAAUGGCCGACGACGAUGCCUCCGCCUCGAGAAAGCGCCCACGGACCGAUGGGUUCAUGGAACAUCUUCAGCUUCGGGGAGAUCUCCGCGCAAAGGUAGAAGCUGCGUUGCCGCCUACAGUGCGAGAUGAGCUGGUCCCGGGGCUGCGCGCCUGCUUUGAUGUUUUCUCUGUGACAUCGCCAUCACGAACCCAGCCGGCAGAACCGACUCCCAACGACGAUCCUGACGACUCACUCACUCCAUGCCGUCUCGACGCGCCUGAUGGAUCUUCCUACAUUGCCUUCAUGUACGGCAUGUGCCUCGGCUACAUCCCUCCGACCCCCAAUCCUGCGAACGACCAUCCACAAGCCACUAUCUACGUGCCAGCGCCGAGUCUUGAGUCAGAGCGCGGCGACAUUCUCGACUGCUUCUUCUCUACUACUGGAAUCACGGGAAUCGAGGAAGAGCAUGUCCAUUUUGAAGAGCUGGGCUCGUUGGCCGAGCGUGACAAGCAAAUCUUAGUCGUGGCAGCGAAGGCUCUCUGCGCAGCAUAUCCAAAUGCAAACCCAGCUCAGGUUCAGGUUCAGCAGGACAUCGUUCAUUCGGUCUGGCGCCGCUUCAUAGGGCUAUGCCGCAAUCGCGUUGCAUCGCGUCUGAGCUCCGAAUCGUUUAUGGAAGCAGCUGUCACCUUUCCUGCUAUGGAUCUCGCUUCCACCUUUCCCGCUGGAGAGUGCGUAGACUCGCCGCUCGCCGCUCGCGCUGCUACUGCCGACAUCGCUACGCUGCAGAAGAUGGAGGCUUCUCUGGAAGACAUCGAGAAGCUCCUGCGCACAAAUGAGGAGAUCCGAAAGAUCGUCAUCGCUCGCCUCGGCCAUCUCGAGAAGGAGGUCAUACCUUCACCCUCAAUGAGGAAGCAGAUCCAAGACAUCGAGAAUCUCUUGACAAAAACCCAGGACGCCUCUCUCCGAAACGACCUCGACAAGCAUGUCCAUCGGCUGCAAAACGCCGCACGAGAGAGCCACGACAGGCGCAAGAGCACACUACAGGGCUUGAAGAGUGCACUGGGCGUGGACAAGGCCGACUAUAUGGAUGCGCGAGAUAAUCAUCCAGUGAAGAUUCAGAUGGUGAAGGAGGAACUGGUCGAGGCUUGGCGUGCGGCACUGCGGCGUGUGGAGACAGCUUGCGGUCUUGUCCAGGCCGAGAAUUAAUGGCGAUGCACUGAUGAAUGCUCUCGAGGCAUGCAGGACUAUUGGACGACUUACGAGAAAUGCAUUUCGAUACCCAUGUACGAAUAGACUGAUUAUGAUCCCAGCGCUGGUGUUUUCUGUUUCUACCUAGUGUGAGUAGUCAGCGUAAGCUAUUCACACAGUUCCGUCGCUCAUGAUUUGGCAAAUUCCCGCGAGACCAUGGCGAAGUCUAGGCAGGAAGGCUUGCUGUUUGGUGAAUUGUAGGUCAGCUGGGUUGAGGAUGGCGAGAUGGGAGAAGGACGAAGACGGUUGCCAGGGCAUCGUGAUUUCUGGAAUCCUGCCUACUUGAGGACAGACUGGCUAAAAGGCUGGACCUGUCAAGCUAUCUUGGUGUGCAUGAGUGCGGAAGUCUGUUGCUCGGCGAGUCUCUUUCAGCGCACCAUAGCCGAGACGUUGCUCGAGGACGAUGGCGUGCCCGGGCUACAAUGUCAGUUCACGCCAUGACGGACAAACGUAUCGUCUCUCGAUAUGGCC